CCUCGCGCCGUCGCAAUGCUGCCGUGCGCCGCGGGGGCCAGGGGGCGUGGGGCCAUGGUGGCCUUGCGGGCGGGGAAGAAGACCCUUCUCCCCCCUCUCUGCCGCGCCUUCGCCUGCCGCGGCUGUCAACUCGCUCCGGAGCGCGGCGCCGAGCGCAGGGAUACGGCGCCCAGCGGGGUCUCAAGAUUCUGCCCUCCAAGAAAGUCUUGCCAUGAUUGGAUAGGACCCCCAGAUAAAUAUUCAAACCUUCGACCUGUUCACUUUUACAUACCUGAAAAUGAAUCUCCAUUGGAACAAAAGCUUAGAAAAUUAAGACAAGAAACACAAGAAUGGAAUCAACAGUUCUGGGCAAACCAGAAUUUGACUUUUAGUAAGGAAAAAGAAGAAUUUAUUCACUCAAGACUAAAAACUAAAGGCCUGGGCCUGAGAACUGAAUCAGGUCAGAAAGCAACAUUGAAUGCAGAAGAAAUGGCGGACUUCUACAAGGAAUUUUUAAGUAAAAAUUUUCAGAAGCACAUGUAUUAUAACAGAGACAAAGUCUCACUGUGUUGCCCAGGCUAGUCUAGGGAUGAGAGCCUCCUGGAUUUGGGGUGCGGCCCUGAAAGACACAGAGACACACAGCAGGGAAGAGCAGAUGAGGUGGAGGCAGAGGCUGGAGGGACGUAGCUGCAAGCGCAGGAGCACCAAGGGCCGGUGGAACCGCAGAAACCGCAGCGAGGGAGCCAGCCCUGCGGACACUUUGAUUCCGGACUUCCAUCGCAGAACUGAGAGACAGAAUCAAUCCCUGUCGUCCUGAGCCCCCAGCGUGGGGUGCUGUGGUGCAGCCACAGGAAACACGUGCUUUCCAGAAUGACAGCUGGUGUCCGCAGAACAGCAGGAACUCAUCAGCAUUUGGAAGUGAGACUGGGUGGAUGUGCAGUCCCGGAAAAGGAGGCGGAGAUUUAUGUCUGGUGGCGGGGAGCCCGUGUGUUCAGCAGCUUCUGGAAGGAAUCGAUAGAUGGAAGCUGCUAGAGGCGUUGCUGACAGCCUCUCCUUGAGGCCAGACUCCAGAGCUGGAACCUGGUAGAAGCCUUAGUCUCCUCAUUUACCGCAGCGGUGACGGGUGGGGCAGUGUGAGAUCUGAGCCGAGGACCCGCAUCAAAGUCCCCUUUCGGCUUCUCCAUCUGUGACGUGGGUUGCACCUGCCCUGACUGCCGCUUACGAGAGAUGGUGAGCAGUGCUCUGUGCUGCGUGGCCGUGACUGCCGAGGUUCUGUGAAGAUGGGAACCACGGGCUGAAAGCAAUAGAGCCCCCAGACCACCAGGGUCAGCUCGCCCGCGCCCCCACCCAUCUUCUUUCUGAAGGCUGCGCUUUUCCUUUUCAAUAUGACCUAAGCCCUUUGCAGGAUAUCUCCAUUCGCACAUUUCCUUACUCAGGGUCUGGGUCUGCCCUGCAGAGCUGAGCUGAACGGCACGAUCAGGACUUUCUAUUGGGACAAUUGGAUGCGACCCCCCCCCCCCACCGCCGGCUCUGCCCUCCUCCUGUUUCCACAGGUCUGGAGACGUUCCCUCUGCCCAGGUGGGGGCCGUGGCUAGAAGUCCACCUCUGCUGGAGGUGCCCAAACCCCAUGCCUCUUGCCCCCAGAUUGCCUUUCCCUUGGACGUUGCCCGAGGCAUGUGGUCCCAGUUGGCCAACAUGGAGCUUAGUUGGGAGGAUGUGAGUGGCCUUCUCCUCCCAAAGAUGAUCGUGAAUCCUCGGGGGCUGAGAAACCUGCUGAGAGAGAAAGAAAACAGUGGGAACAGUGCCUACAGCUGCGCUUCCUCGGUAGACAGGAGGCAGGGCUGCUGGGGGAGGGAAAAGGGAAGCCGGCCGGGGUGGGGGUGGAGAAGGUGGGGUCCCUGGAGGAGAACUCACCCUGGAGGAGUUUAACAAUAGGAGAGGUGGGUGGGAGCAUGGAGGUGUCUCCCAUACACCACCCCUGCCUCUGGGGGUAGAGGUGCCACCCCAAGGAACUGGGCUUGUGAACUCAAAGAACGCGAGAGGAUUGGGCCGCCCCAACCUGCAUGCCCAUCCCCAGCCUGCUGCAGUGUGUUCCUGGGGGGGCCUGUGGGCCUAAGCCAAGCAGUGCCUGGCAUUCUCCUGGCCACAGACAAGGGUCCAAGGUGGGCUGGUAACCUUGGGAGGUGGAAUCCAAGUGAAGCCUGGGGCAUUAUGGAUGCUUUGGGGGACAAGCUUCUCCUGCUGGCCAGUGGGGACCGCAGAUACAACGUCUGGAACUGCUCUGGCCAUUUCUGCUUCUACAGAGGAGCCAGACUGACCUCCAGCCACACAGCCAUGCAGACACUGGGAGGCAGAGCCAAGAAAGCCGUAGGGACCCCCAGUGUAGGGUCCGGGAGCUCAAGGGCAACCACAGCCUGCUCAUCUGGGUGCCUACAUGAGCCAACAGCCCUUCUGUAGUUUAACCAGUUGAAUCAUCUAGGAUUCCAGCAAGAAAUAGGAUUCCUGGGCCAGGCGCGAUGGCUCCCACCUGUAAUCCCAGCACUUUGGGAGGCUGAGGAGGGUGAGGGUGGAUCACCUGAGGUCAGGAGUUUGAGACCAGCCUGGCCAACAUGGUGAAACCCCAUCUCUACUAAAAAUACAAAAAUUAGCCAGGUGUAGUGGCGGGUGCCUGUAAUCCUAGCUACUUGGGAGGCUGAGGCAGGAGAAUCACUUGAACCUGGGAGGCAGAGGUUGCAGUGAGCUGAGACUGCGCCACUAUACUCCAGCCUGGGCGACAGAGUGAGACUUUGUCUCAAAAAAAAAAAAAAAAGAAAAGAAAA